UUUCCAAUGGAUGUAUUCAAGGAAUGGACAAAUACAUUUGGACCUGUCUUUGGGUUUUAUGAAGGCCUGAGACCAAGUGUAGUGGUGAGCUGCCCAGAUUUGGCGCAUAACAUUUUGGUGAAGCACUUUAACCAGUUCUCUACUCGACCGGUAAUCAACCCAUUCACUCACGACCAUCAGGACCUGAGUCUUCAGAAUGUCAGCGGAAAACUGUGGAAACGUCAGCGACAGGCGGUCAGUGCUGGCAUGAGUGCCAAGUCUAUCAGAAAGAUGUUUCCGCUAAUCUAUGACGUCACGAGUAACUUGAUCCAGUGGUUUGAGCAGGCAGCACAGAAUAACCCUUCUGGGUUCUAUAUAGAUGACGCCAUCGAAAGAUAUUCACUGGACUGGUUUUCCCAAGCUGCACUCGGUUACCAUAGCGAUGCACUGACCAACGAGAAGAAUCUCUUGCUAAGAUACAUGAGGGCUUCCCACGAGUCCAUGUCUCCGGACAAUCUGGUGACCGGACUGGCAAAGCUGUUUCCGUGGACUACUGGUGUUUUGAAACCCUUGGACAGGCAGCACAGAACCCUGUCCAGUUUACAGACCAGAGAGGUGACAGAUUUUGUGAGAGAACUAAAGGUAGGUCUCAUCAUUUACAAUCUGAUCACCAAAAAAGUCUCCACUGUCUGCGACCAAAGAGACAGCAAGGUAGAGUCCGGUUCAGAGGCGGAACUCACCAAGAGAAGUCAUCUAGAGGAGAGGGAAGUCGUGGGCGAGGUGUCAGGGCUAGUUGGAGGUGGUGUGGGGCCGUUCUCUUCAGCCUUAACCUUCUGUUUGUACUGUCUAGCGGCUUACCCCCGAGAGCAGGAUCGUUUGAGGACAGAGCUAGGAGAUGUCUGCAAAGCCAAGGAUGAACUCAGCAUGGACAAACUCUCACGACUGCCACUGAUGGAUCGAUUCAUCAAAGAAACACUCAGAUGUUAUCCAGUAGCGCCCGGCGUGUCCAGGGAAUGCAUGGAAGACUGCGAGCUGGACGGUGUCCACUUCAAGCGCGGGAUGGUGGUACGAAUUAUGUUUUCCUCCAUGUAUGCUCAAGAGAAAUAUUUUCCCAACCCAGAACUCUUCAGUCCAGACAGUGGUGAUUCCUCUAAAGUCUCACAUCGAGCAACCGCCUUAAUGCCAUUUGGUUUGGGUCCGAGGAUGUGUGUGGGCCGCAGGUUGGCCGAAGUGGUCCUGAAACUUGCCAUGACCCGCAUUCUGCAGAACUUUCAAAUUUCCUGCAGUGACGUCACGCAGGUCCCACUUCAGGUCGCCCUACGGCCGUUCCUGGUAGCUCGAGAUGGAGUGCACAUCAAGAUGAAACCAAUUCUUCAGUAA